GUGGGAUGGGGGAGUGAGGGUGGCUCGAGGCUCCGCGGAAAGUCGAAUAUGGCGCGGAGCAGUCGGGCUGUUGGCAAGGCUCUGGUGGAGAGGUUGGCAGUGCCUUCGCGCAGAGUAGCCCUCAGGCAUUUGACUUCUUGGGAAAUAUUGGUGAGCAAAGCCCCACUGCCACAAAUACCAGCAAAAAAUUGUGCCUUUCCAAGAAGAACUUACUUCAACAUUACUGCACCAUUCGUGAACAAAAGGAAAGAAUAUUCAGAAAGAAGGAUUAUAGGGUAUUCUAUGCAAGAAAUGUAUGAUGUGGUAGCUGUUGUAAGCGAAUACAAGAACUUUGUUCCUUGGUGCAAAAAAUCAGAUGUAUUAUCCAAACGUUCAGGAUACUGCAAAGCUAAAUUAGAAAUAGGAUUUCCUCCUGUGUUGGAAAAAUACACAUCAGUUGUUACACUAGUCAGACCUCACUUGGUUAAGGCAUCAUGUACAGAUGGAAAAUUAUUUAAUCAUCUGGAAACUGUGUGGCGCUUCAGUCCAGGAAUUCCUGGCUAUCAAAGGACAUGCACCUUGGAUUUUUCAAUCUCUUUUGAGUUUCGCUCCCUUCUGCAUUCUCAGCUUGCCACAUUGUUCUUUGAUGAAGUCGUUAAACAGAUGGUAGCUGCAUUUGAAAGAAGAGCAGCCAAGUUGUAUGGCCCAGAAACCAGAAUACCUCGAGAGUUAAUGCUUCAUGAAGUGCAUCAUACAUAAAGUAGUUUUCAAACUUCUUGGACAACGCAUUUACAUAUGAGAUGUUUUUCUCAUGUGCGCUUCCAGUUAUAUGGGGCAUUUUUUGCCAAUUAUGUAUACUACUACUGUAUAAAACAUGCAUGUAAGAUGCAGAUGUACAUAAGUCAAGUGCAAUUCUAAGGUGCUGGUAAGUUCACUGAGUGGCAGCUACAUUUACAAUUGCCUCCCUCAUCUUUUCAUCAGCAUGUAUAAAACUCAGCACUGUUACCAGUUCUAUAGCCUUAUUUUGACAAUGUUUAAUAUUUACUAUUGAAAUCAAGUUUAAGUUAUUAUUUUAAAUGCAUAUUUAAGUUAUUUUUAGUAUUCAAAAUUAGCUUUAACUAGUAGUGUGCAGUUCUGAAAGCAAAGCUUUUUUCUUAGUACAUAAACUUUGGUAGCAGACUUAAUAUGCGGUAUUUUAGUAAGUUAUAUGAAUCCUACAGAAAGGGUUCAGCUUCAUCAGCACAUUAUUUAAUAUGGUACUGUAGUACACUGUUGCAAGAUUCCAACAGGCGGCUACAUAUACUGGGUCUAAUAUGAAUAAUCAUGAAUUCUCACUUUAAAAAUGUUCCAGUUAAUGACAAACCAUAAUGCCUGGGGGUUUAUGGCUUGCUUCUAGUGGCUUUCUUCUACCAGCAGAACUGACAGUGCUAGCAAAGCACAUUCCCACCUUCCUCCAUAGUGUUCUCAAUCUGCUUUAGAAAGUUGGAAAACAGAUUAGGAAAAACAGGAGAAGGGAUACUACUGUUUGCGUGACUUGGCUUCUGUAACAUUGGCAUUAACUAUAUGUAAAUAUAGUUUAAGUUAAAGCAACAGUGUAUUUGAAUUUAACACCUUUAUAAUUUUAUAUAUUGCUGCACUUAAUGUUUGUAAUAGAGUUUGAUAAGCCUUGCUUGAUUCAUAAACAUACUAUCUCCUAUAUUCUUUUAUGACACCAUGCACUCCUCAUUUUUUAUUUUUGAUAAAUGUGAGGGUACUGUUAAUAUGUGGUCAGCUGCAUUCCUUACUACAGAACUGCUUCAACAUUGUUCAUAGGUCCCACAAUCAAGUUAGCCCUAGAGCUUUAAUCAUGAAAAGGGAUUACUCAGGCAAGAGAAGUUCUUAGAUUAAAUGAAAGUACAGUGGGAUUCUAAACUGCUUCAAUUCUACCUUCAGCUACAAAAAUAUUAUUAAAACUUUUUUGGGCCAUUAUUGGAAGGCAGCUUAAUCAUCUCACUUUCCAUUUUCAUGUAUUAAAAGAAAAAUAGCUUGAGAACAAUUUUUAUAUGGAAGUUACCUUUGAAGAGUAACUUGUCUUCCUUUGAGAAAAAAGAUUUUACUAAGAGUUAUUGCCAGUUGGCUCUGAAAUCCAAGAAAUAUUGUCCAGGAAAAUCUAGUACUUGCUAUGAUUAGGAUUAUGUUGUGAAUAAGUUAAUACAUACCAUACGUUAGAGCAAUCUUUUUAUUACAUAAAGUUGUCACAUAAUUGUAUAUUUGUCUACUUUGUACACAAUUUUAUUCAGUCUUGCACACAAUGGCUUCUGCAUUUUUUAGUGACGGCAGGCACCAAUAAAGUCUGAUUUAGCAGAA